UCCGGUUCAAAGUAGAGCGUGCAGCGGUGAAUUAUUGACAGGACAAACAUACGCUAAGAGUAAGAAAGUAUAAUCCAGACCAUGGCUGAAAAGUUUGACCCACCUAUAAUCCUGAGUCCUAAUUUAUCCUCGUUUCAUCACUGUGAUUCUCACCUGGAUUAUCAUGCUGUGGCUGAUGGACCAGACAGAAUUUAUAUGGAUUACAACGCCACCACACCAGCCGAUCCAGAGGUGAUUAGGGUUAUUACUGAUGCUUUAACUGAUGCGUGGGGAAAUCCCAGCAGUAACUAUCUACCAGGUUUGAAAGCCAGAGACAUAAUUUACCAUUCGAGAGACACCAUUGCCAGGAUGGUUGGUGGAAAAGCAGCAGAUAUCAUUUUUACUUCAGGAGGAACUGAGGCCAAUAAUCUGGUGUUUCACACAGCUGUGGAGCACUUCAAGAAGAGCAGGACUUCAGCAGAGGGAAGCACCACCAGCAAGCAAAUAAAUAGAAGAGGCUCUCUACCUCAUGUCAUCAUCUCCAACGUGGAGCACGACUCCAUCAAACUCACAGCCGAAAACUUGUUAAAAGAGGGCAAAGCAGAUGUCACAUUUGUGCCCGUUUCCAAGGUGACUGCACGGGUGGAGGUGGAGGACGUCAUUACAUCGAUUCGUCCCACCACCUGCUUGGUAUCAAUCAUGCUGGCCAAUAAUGAGACAGGCAUUAUUAUGCCAAUUAAGGACAUUUGUCAGCGAGUGAAUGAAGUAAACAAACAAAGGGCCGCAUCAGCUUCCAGAAUCCUCCUGCACAGUGAUGCAGCCCAGGCCAUCGGAAAGAUACGAGUGGAUGCACAUGAGCUGGGAGUAGACUACCUUACCAUCGUAGGCCACAAGUUUUAUGGCCCUCGAACCGGUGCUUUGUUUGUGAAUGAUCCUGGAAAAACCACCCCAGUUUACCCUAUGAUCUUUGGAGGAGGACAAGAACGCAACUUCAGACCAGGAACUGAGAACACAGCAAUGAUAGCAGGUCUGGGAAAGGCUGCAGAGUUGGUCAGCUUAAAUCUGGCUGAAUAUGAAGCCCAUUUCUUGGACAUUCGAUGUUAUUUAGAGCAGAAGCUACUUGCUGUCUUUGGAAAAGAGAGGAUUCGUUUUAACAGCCAUUUUCCUGGUUCAGACAAUUUGCCCAACACGUGCAAUUUCUCCAUUUUGGGAAGGGGACUUCAAGGGCGCAGAGUGCUGUCCACCUGUAGGAGGUUGUUGGCCAGUGUGGGUGCCGCCUGCCACUCAGACAGAGGAGAUCAACCAUCUCAUAUUCUUCUAAGCUGUGGGAUUCCAUUUGAUGUGGCCACCAAUGCUCUGAGGAUCAGUGUGGGUAGAAGUACGUCUCGUGAAGAUGUGGACCUUGUCGUAGAGGAUCUGCGAGACACUGUAGAGCAACUGGAGAGAAUGAACUAGCAUCUUUUGUUUCCUGAGGUGUGGAUGUUGCACACAUCUAUACAUUUAUUGAUACUGAACUCUAACCAAAAUGUUUUAUUGAACGGGUUAUUUUUGUAUCCUUGCACAUAGAUGAGAUAGUGUGUCAUGAGCUUAGGCUUCAUGUUUCAGGGUCAUCACCAGGUUGGACUAUAUGGAUUUUAAGGCUAUUUAUUUAUCAGAAUAUGAUACGGAUUCGAUUUAUGGAACUGCAGGGAAUUAAAUUGGUUUAGUUUAGCUUGUAUAUAAAAAAGACUUGAACUGCUUGCGUGUAAGGGUGUGCAGUCUGUAUCUUUUAUGAUAGUUUUUUCAUAAUUGUUAUUUUAAGAGCACACACUUUCAAUUUGUGAUAUAGCCUGUUGAAAUGUGUUUAAAUGUCAUAUAAAAUUUAAAAAUAUAUAUCAAAUGGGAUAUAAAAUGCCAUUUGAGUUUUAUAUUUUCGCCAUUUUUAUCAUAAGCCAUAGUUAAUAUAACAAGUAAAUGUCUUUACACAUUGAAUUUCAGAUUUUUUUUUCUUUCAUAUUUAUAUUUUUAAAAAAAAUAACUCACAGAUACCUUGCACACCAGUGCACAUUAAUCAAUCUGUUUAUUAUAGAUUAUAGCAAGGAGAGUAAUUAUUUUAUUUUAGUAUUAUUUUACUUCUGUAAGUCAGCGGUAUUUUGAUACUUGUGAUACAGGAGCCACAUAACAGAAAUUUCCCUGAACAAAUCCUGAACAAAGAUUUCCAAUCAAAGAUUGACCUAUUUUACCUUAAGAGUCUUGUUUUUUUCCAGAAUUAGAUUUGCACGUCAUUGCAAAUAUGUCUUGAGUUACACAAUUUACAUUUAAGUUGGUUAGAUUUUAACGACACAAUCUAACUUCUUUUUAAAUGCAACUAGAAAGUCAGUGAUUCAGUGACUCGUUAAUAAAGACACGUUUCAUGCCUAAAUCUAUUGAAAGAAACAGUGAAUUCACAAAUAAGGCCACAUACUGGUGGUUGAUCCAAAUUUUUAAAAUUUUUUUCUACACUUUCAUAUUUAAAUAUUGAGUUUUAUUUAAAUCUGACUUCAAAGCAUUUAUUAUGAUAAUUACAGUGUGAAUGUAUUCAUGCAAUCUGAGCUGCAUUUUCAAGUUCUUCUAAAUGCGUCUAUAGUAAUUGCAGACUGAGAUCACUGUAAGGCAGUAAAUAUAACUCCUUAAUGCAAGCAUUUCUGUGACUGCUGUGAAAUAUCCAAAUCACAGCACAAAAUAUGUGAAUCUUCAGUGAGCUAUUAACAACACAAAAAGAGGUUUUGUAAUUAUUGCACACCCCUAAUUGUAUAUGACUGUUGCUUUAGUCAUUGUAAUUUCAGGUCGCGGUCCUUUUUACCAGGGAUUUUUAGGGAUAGUUCAAAGAAAAAUGAAAAUUCAGUCAUCACUUAGGGUGCUUUCUCACCUGUAGAUUGAUUGUUUUAUUCCGAAACAGGGAUUUAAAGUGUUACAAUAUUUUUGGUUCUGGUGCGGUUCGCUUUCACAUAGCAAAGAUUCUAAAUUGACCAAAUUAGUUAAAACAAGUCAUGUGCAGUAAACUCUCCUCACGGUGGUCAGAGUUUCAGGGUUUAUUUUUCAGUCCCACGAAUUCAGCUCAGGUGUCAUACGUCAUUAUUUGCAGUCAGAUCAUGAAGCAGAUCAAUGUUAAUCUUUCUUUCAAGAUGUCAGUGCACAAAUGAACAAAACAAUAGGCCUAAAAUAUUAUUAAGAUUAAAAAUAUGGAAAAAUGAUCAGAUUGUAAUUUCUGUCCAUUUAUAGCACUGUAAUAUUUCAGCAUGCUUUCACUUUUGUAUUCAGCAUGAAACGCACAUUUACUGGUAAGAAUGACAUCCCACCCUACUCAUAUUUCUCUUGUCAUAUAGCCUUAUAUACGGCAAUUCCACAUCCAUAAUACACUGUGAUAUAGCCUGGUUUCAUCAGUUUGUUGGAUCAUUUUGCUUUCUCACUACAAUCGAUCUGCUCCAGAGUUUGUUUGAAUCGAGCCGAGAACACGUCAUUAAGGCAAUCUCAGAAUGAUUGAUUUGGUGUGGAUGUGAGCACGAUUGCGGAAUUCACAUAUGCCAAACGAACAACACUAACUGGGCAAAUGAGACUGGUUCCGAAACAAACGUCUAGGUGUGAAAGCACCUUUGAAUUGUACCAAAACAGUUUGAGUUAUUUUUUUCUGUUAAACACAAAACAAGUUUUUUUUUAAGAAUGUUUGAAACUAGUACAACUGAGGAGCAUUAACUUUAUAUCUUAAUUUGGCGCAAAUUGCAAUGGAAACACAUUUACUGAAUAAAUUUCAAUGUGUGCAUCAAAAAAAGUUAUGUGAUUUUUGUUAUAACUUGGCACACAUAGUCUGAGAAAUAAAGGUACAAAGUCUGUCACUGGGGUUGUAGCUUAUCAAAAUGUACACUUUUGUACGUGCGGUGUUUGUACAGUAAACAAUGUUUACUUUUGUAGCUUUAAGGUACUGUGAGGUACAUGUUUGUACUUUUUAGGUAUUAUUAUGUACCUUUAAAUACCUGUUAGGAACCAAAAUGUACCUUUUAAAAAGGUUCCACCCCAGUGACAGAUUUUGCCCCACACCUCAAAAAGCCACCGCACAUUCAUUGUGUUUCAGCUUUGUUUGCCAAUGUGCAAGCAAUUUAUUAUAAUAGAAAAAGGCUUUUCCUGUCUCAGCAAAUUCCAUUUUCUUUUGGAUAUUUGGCACCAGCUUAUCAGGACUUAUUGGAUGGAAAUGGUGUUUUUUUAUCAGUUUUGUGCACAAGUUUAAUUAUAAUCAUCAGAUGCAAAAAUAGCAAUUGACUUCCAUAGUAUUUGUUUUUUCCUACAAUGUUCUUCAUACAUGGAUUACUCAAUUAGCUGGAUUUGGUUAUUGUUGAUUUGACACAAAUAUAAAUAUGAGUUAAAUAUAACUUAAAAAUAUAAAAACAACUUAUGCAAUCCACACUCUGAAAUAAAAGUACAAAAACUGUCACAAGGUGUUUCUGGACUUUAUAGAUACAAAUGCAUACUGUUUUAAGGUACCGACCCAGCUUUAUUACAAUUUGUGGAUGAUAAUGGACAUGCACAAUACUUGACUGUUUUUUUUUUUUUUUUUCAAGGAAUAAUAAUUUUCAAUAAUUUUCAAUGUUUUGACAGCUAAUAUGACGGUGAUUUGAUGCUUUACCUUUACCAAUAUCACAAUGCUUUUUUGAUGCAGAAUUAAUUUAAAGCUCCAGUUAUUAUGUCGUUAAAGUAACCUAGGCGACUAUAAUAAAGAAAAUUCACUCUGAAAAUAAAACUAAAUAAAUUGUUCAAUACUCUUGACACAUGUAAGUGUAAAGCUUGCAGCCCACAACAAAGGUGGAAAGUUAUUACAUAUAACAUUUAUCAAACCAUUUACCAUGAAUUUUAUGUAAUUUUGCACUCAAGGAUAAUUAAAUAUUAAUCAGAUGAUGUCAUCACGCUUCUUUGCUGUCAGCCAAUCAUUGCAUUGCUGAUCAUGAUUUCGAGGAUUGAUAGAUCAGUCCUUUACAACACACGCAGCGAUCUUAAAUCGAUUCAUCCAGACAUUUUAAUCUGAUUCGCAAACUUGUUUGAAUAACCAAAUUAGCCAGAGAUCAGUUAUCAGGAUUAAAAGAUCCAGGAUCUGUCAAAUCGUCUUAGAUCAUUUAAGCGAGGUACGAAGAAUGGACCCCUGGUCUCCAGCAUUCUUCAAAAAAUCUCCUUUUGUGCUCAACAGAAAAUGCAAACUGGGUUAGAGCAAGUAAAGGGUGAGUAAAAGAUGAUGGAAUUUUCAUUUUUGGAUGAACUAACCCUAAGUGUUAAAACAUUUUGAUUUUAAAACACUGCCAUAAUGCCAUUUAUAUAUUCAAAAAUGUGGCGACACCAAAGCUCCAAAAAUACCAAUUUAUUAAAUUAAAAAGGCUGAUACAAGAUGUGUACACUGAAAAAAGUGUUGCAUGCAAAACUGUUGCAAACAAUUUAUUUGUGUUGAAUUUAAACAAACAAAUCAAAUUGAGCAAUGUUCAACUUAAUUUGUUAAGUUAAAUAAUAUGUUUACAACCACUUAACAUAAAAAAAUUGAGUAAAUCCAAGGAAUCAUCUUUGAAUAAUUUUUUCGAGUGUACCAGCGUCCUUGUAUCAGCCUUUUUAGUUUAAUAAAUUGGCAUUUUUAGAGCUUUGGUGUUGCUGCUUUUUUGAAUAUAUAUUUUGCACUUUUUGUUGUUUGGCUGAGCACCCAUUUAAAGUAAUGUGCGUGCUGUAGUCUAUUUUUGCCAUAAUGCCUUUGAAAUAAAUUGCUGUAUUUAUGCUGUAAAUAUGUAUACCCUAUUUGUCUCGCAGGCUACUCUGUUACUUUGUGAUGUGACAGAGCGUGCCUGUUCAAAAAGAAGCCGAGGUAUCUGUUACCAAUCCAACAAAGCUUCAACAACAUUAUUAAAAGAGAGCUAAAUGGACACUCUUUAAGAUCAGAGUGCUGAUUUGAUCUUUCCAAUUCAUUAAAGUUCAUAUGCUCCAACCAAA